CCGCCGAGCCCGGUCGCGCGGCGAGCUCCCGGGUACCGCGGCCCGGGAUGCUGCUCGCCAGCGCUGCCGCUCGCGCGCCGCCCGCUGCCCCUGCGCUUGCCUCCUGGGCCAUGCUCCACUGUUUACAUGCCGGUGAAGCCCCCGGCCACUCCGAGCCCCUCCGAGCCCCGGCUCCCCGAGGGUGAAGCCAACCGGCCCGAGAACUGGACUGGUCGCUCAGACCCGGGCCCUCCGGACUCAGAUCCCCGCCCUCUCUGCCGCCUCCGCCACCAUCUGGGCGGGGUCCGGCUCUGGUGUUUUGAGGAGGGGGUGUGGUGUAGGGAAAGGAAUCCUGGGGAUUUCUGGCUCCCCCCUUUUUUUUGGCCUUCGGGGCUUCAGACUCAGGGAACUCGCUCAUGGCUUUCUUGAUGAAAAAGAAGAAAUUCAAAUUCCAAACCACUUUCACCUUGGAGGAGCUGACUGCGGUCCCCUUUGUGAACGGGGUCCUCUUCUGCAAGGUCCGGCUGCUGGAUGGCGGGGAUUUUGUCAGCUUGUCGUCAAGGGAGGAGGUACAGGAGAACCGCGUGCGGUGGCGGAAGAGGUUCACCUUCGUGUGUAAGAUGAGCGCCAACCCAGCCACCGGCCUGCUGGAUCCCUGCAUCUUCCGUGUGUCGGUGCGCAAGGAGCUGAAAGGCGGGAAGGCUUAUUCCAAGCUGGGCUUCGCCGACUUGAACCUGGCCGAGUUUGCAGGCUCGGGCUCCACAGUGCGCUGCUGCCUGCUGGAGGGAUAUGACACGAAGAACACCCGCCAGGACAACUCCAUCCUCAAGGUCACCAUUGGAAUGUUCCUGCUCUCUGGAGACCCCUGCUUCAAGACGCCACCGUCCACUGCCAAGUCCAUCUCCAUCCCAGGCCAGGAUUCCUCCCUGCAGCUGACCUGUAAGGGUGGCGGGACCAGCAGCAGUGGCAGCAGCAGCACCAACUCCCUGACGGGGUCCCGGCCCCCCAAGGCCCGGCCCACCAUCCUCAGCUCAGGGCUGCCGGAGGAGCCGGACCAGAACCUGUCCAGCCCUGAGGAGGUGUUCCACUCCGGCCACUCCCGCAACUCCAGCUAUGCCAGCCAGCAGUCCAAGAUCUCCGGCUACAGCACGGAGCACUCGCGCUCCUCCAGCCUCUCGGACCUGACACACCGCCGCAACACGUCCACCAGCAGCAGCGCCUCCGGCGGCCUCAGCAUGACCGUGGAGGGCCCCGAGGGCUGCGAGCGUGAGCACCGGCCCCCCGAGAAGCCACCGAGGCCACCCCGGCCACCACAUCUGUCCGACCGCUCGUUUCGGCGGAAGAAGGACUCCAUGGAGAGCCACCCGACCUGGGUGGAUGACACGCGGAUCGAUGCGGAUGACAUCGUGGAGAAGAUCAUGCAGAGCCAGGACUUCACGGACGGCAGCAACACGGAGGACAGCAACCUCCGGCUGUUCGUGAGCCGUGACGGCUCCACCACGUUGAGUGGCAUCCAGCUGGCCAACAGGGUCUCCUCUGGGGUCUACGAGCCAGUCGUGAUUGAAAGCCAUUGAGGAGCGGGUGUUCAGCCUGGAGAAGGGCCCUGCCUUCGCGGGCAUCCAGACCCGUGUCAUUCCACGAGGGACCUUCCCCUUUGGAUCACCGUCUGCGCCGCAUCUCAUCUGUGCCUCCUCCAUGCACUCCAGCCCCUGCCCCUGCCUCAAAGCAUCAUUCCAUUGUCCUCCCAUCCAUGCCGGGACCCUCCUGGCCUGCCAGGGCCCGGGCACCACUGUGAAUAUUCUCUUCCGAACCACUAGAGGGCAGGACACGCGGGCCCAUGAGGCAGGUGGGCAAGACAGAUGGCCAGGACUGGCCCGCGGGAGACUGACCUGGCCCCUCAGCAAGGACCUGCAGCAGCUCCUACACACAGAGGAUGCUUGUGGCUGAGGGGCCUCUUGCCCGGUGUCCCCGCUCACUCCAGGAGCGCCGGCUCAACCAUGCCCUGGCAGGGCCUUGCUCCACUGCCCCCUUGUCCUUGGGGGGCCAGUUCACCUCCAGAAUCCUGCCACCGUGGCCCUCUGACUGCUUAGUGUUUCAGCUGUCCCUUCCCUGUGUCCUGGGGGACCCGCUGGCGGCCUUCUCCUGGGAGUCAAGACCUCAGACCCCACCCACACUCCAGACUGAGACCCUCUCCCCCAACGAAUGUUCUCCUGCUGCCCUGGCAGCCUGCACUUUGCACAUGCUUGUCUCCAGCACAGCCCCACAGGCCCUGCCUGCCCUUCCUCUGAGCCCUUCCCAAGAAUUCCUGGGCGCUGCCUGCUGUGCAGCCAGCAGCCCAGCUGGAGCCGUCCGGCUGGACCGGGGCACUGCCUCUCCUCCCUCCAGUUAGCUUCAGCUCCAGCCUGAGACCCAUGCUGAGAAACGGGGUUCCCUCUGUCCAGGGCUGGGUCCUGGGCAGCUGGUUUCCUACAGGAAGCCAAGGAAGGUGCCUCCCACGCCCUUGGAGGUCCAGGGCCUGGCUGGGCCAGGCUUGGCAAGCAAAGCCCCCUUUUCCCCGUCAGGGUCAGCUGGCCCAGGCUGGGGCUGAUGCUGAAGAGGCAGGUGGGCUGUGACUGGACUGGCCCGGAGCUGGCUUCCUGGCCAGAAAAUCCUCAGCCCUCCUCUGAAAGCAUCCCUUUCUCUGGGAGGGGAGAGGCGGGUCCCUUGCGAGGCGCAGUCUGGCCCUGCCUCCCGCCCCGCCCUCGCUGAAGCCUCUGCUCUCAGCACUUUUCCCCCUGGUCCUCAUUACUUGCUUGCAGGUGGGUUUGGCUGCCAGCCAGUCCCUGGACAGACUCCCCUGCCGCUCUGAAAUUUCAUUCAUUUUGUAUAAACCCAGCAGGCUGGUGUUUACUUAGCCCUAUAUUUUGUUUUCUUUCCUCUUUUUUUCUCUUCUUUCUUUCCCUCCUUUCUUUUUCUUUCUUUUCUUUUUUUUUUUUAGCAUUCCCAGUUUGGUAUUUUCUCCUCCCCCAGGUGAGGGGAGGUGGUUCUCUUCUCUGCCCUACCUGCUGGCUGGAUCCCAGCAGGGCUGGGGGUCUGGACGGGGGGCCAGCAUCCUGGUCUCUCUCUGGUAGGGGUACAGGUGGGGUGGGGGUGUCCUCCCCAGGCUGGGAGGGGUCCUUGCCCUUCUGCCCCAGCUUGGAGUUGGAGUCUUGGUCUUGGAACCUCCUGGCGUUGGGACCAGAGCAUUUGUAGGAUUUUUGUUGUUGUUUUUAAUCAUCCAGCUGUUUUAGAAAAUGAAUGUUAGAAGGUGCCUGCUGAGGCAGGACAGAGCACUCGCUCUGGCUGGAGAAGGCUCUGCUCAGCUCUUCAGGUCCCUUCCUGCCCCAUAGACACCUGGCACUUUAAAAGGGAUCCGGCCGCACUGUCUCCAGGUGAAGCGACCCCCAGAAGAUGGGAGGGUGCUGCCCUUCCCUUCUGUGUCUGGAUGACCUCAGCCCAGUGGGCAGGUGCAUUCAGGGUGUAUUUGGGGUCUGAUUCAAAGUUCUGGGGCAUUAGGCAUAAAACAGCUGGCUUUGGUGCUGUGGGGAGACUCCCCAAAACCAGGAACCCCAGCCCCACCCUAGGCAAGGUCUUAACUUGACAGUCACCCCAGAAGGAGACAGAGCCGGCCACAUUCUCCCAUGCCAGGCCCUGGGCCAGGGUAAUUGGACUGAGAAUUCGGCCACAACCAAAUUACUGCUGGCUGGAGCCGGAGGCCUGGAGACCUGGCCUCAUCCCCACGUAGGAGCCCUUUAUUCGGCCCUCUGGUUCCCUCAAGCUCAGUGAAUUCCCACUAGGCGCCCACAGCUCCUGGACUUAAAAUUCUAUAUAUAUAGAGAGAAGAUAUAUUAGAGAUAUUUUUGGAAAGGAAUUGGUCUAUGCAAUGCCAGUUUGGAAUCUUCUUGAAAGACAGUUUAACGUUUUUAUUAGGAGAUUUAAAGAAAAUAAAUAAAGGUCUACAAUAUUUUUAGGUAAUUUUUUUUCUGGUCACCCCACAAACUGACCACAUGGCAUGAUCUGCCAGGAUGGAGAAUGUCCAUGUUUUCCUCUCUUUAGAGAGGUGAGCAGGGACAUGGGGGAGAGGGGAGGUCUUUUUUUUUUUUAAUUCCCCUCUUUUCUAACAGAAUGUUGCCACCACCAACCCCCAACCCGCGAUGAUUCAGUGGACUGUGUUUGUGUCUCUGUCCCAGCUUCUAUUGUAGAAAAUAACAUUGUAAGGGGAAAUCAGCCUAGUGUCAGUGUCUUGGUUUGGGGGAAAAAAUUAAAUGUUGCAGUUUUUGUUUAUUA